UGGUGCGAAUUUGAUGAUAAAUUAGUUCUUUUUAUAUAUAUAUAAUUGAUAAAUUAGUUCUUCAACGUUAUUAGUAUUUAGUUUUUUGGUCUCUUUGAUUUUACUUUUGUUUUAACUUAAUUGUAAUUUAUCUUAUUAACCGUAGCACAAUUUGUAUGUCUUCAUAUUCUACUUUUUGCUUCCAUCCUGUUUUCUUCGGCCUGUAACUGUUUCUAAAACUCCCAUUAAUUCCUGCACAGUAAUUUAUUAAAUUAUGAUACAACUACUUGGAGCGAUUAAAGGGAACUUUUACUUAUUAAAAGACCAGUCUAGAGUACUUGUGUGUUAGAUUGUAGAAUGUAUAAUGACCUGCAUAAGGAAUUCUGCAAACAAACCAUAUACCUUCUAUCUUAGGGCACUUAACGAAGGGGAAGUUUUUUUUUUUUUCCUUUUUCUUGUCCUCUAUGGCAGUUCUCAUCUUACUUCAGAUUUAUUUAUUUAAUUAUGCGCUUCAGUGCUUGGAAAGCAGAACUCUUAUACAAAGUUGAGAAGGCUUCAUUUGUAAGCCAACCGAUGACAGCACCAACUAAAUCUCCUCCCAUACUAUCAAACUUUUUGGUGCCUUGUGUACAUCCCAAGAGUCUGAAAUUCUUGAAAUCCUCAAGUAUACACCAUGUUGUUAACUUCCCCAAAAUUCGCAUUCAUCAUGCUCCUGUUUGCUGCACAAAAUUAACUCAAUGGGAGCCUUCACCUGUCACGUAUGCUCCCACUGAUGAUGCUGCUGGUAGCUUCUUGAAGAAAAGUAGUAACAUAUUUGAAACACUUAAUUCUGAUGACACUACUGAAGCACCAAUAGCCAACAGUGAAGAGCAUGUGGAUACAAAGAAUCAACAAUUAGGGCAGUUUCAGUUUCUUAAAUGGCCUUUGUGGCUUCUGGGUCCUUCUCUUCUUCUCACAACUGGCAUGGUGCCCACAUUAUGGCUACCGCUAUCUUCUAUAUUUCUAGGCCCCAAUAUAGCCAGCCUGCUUUCCUUAAUCGGACUGGAUUGCAUCUUCAAUAUUGGUGCUACUCUUUUUCUUCUCAUGGCUGAUGCUUGUUCCCGGCCAAAAGACAUGGUACAAUCCAGCAAUAGCAAGCCUCCUUUAGGUUACAAAUUGUGGAACAUGAUUGCAUCUGUAACCGGACUUGUCUUUCCUUUGAUGAUGCUGUUGGGAUCCCAAAAGGGCGCCCUCCAACCCCAGCUUCCUUUUAUCUCGUUUGCAGUUUUGUUGGGUCCCUACCUCCUGCUUCUAUCUGUUCAGAUUCUGACUGAGAUGCUGACUUGGCACUGGGAGUCACCAGUGUGGUUGGCAACUCCAGUUGUAUAUGAGGCAUAUCGUGUGUUACAGCUGAUGAGAGGGUUGAAGCUUGGGGCUGAGCUAAGUGUUCCUGCAUGGAUGAUGCAUAUGAUUAGGGGGCUUGUAUGUUGGUGGAUCCUGAUCCUUGGAGUUCAACUCAUGAGAGUUGCUUGGUUUGCUGGUUUCACUGCUCGAGCUCGCCAACAACUGUCUUCUGCUUCUGCAGAUAGUUAAUAUAUUACUCAUUGUUACCAAAGACUAUGGAUGAAGACCAUGGCUUCAAAUACAGGAUUGUUUUAUUGUAUUAUCCAAUAAUAUAUAGAUUGUAAGGUUCCCUGUCAUAAUCACUCUGUUCUUCUUUUGGUUUCCAGUGAACUUUGAAAUGGAAAACAUGUUUUAUGUGCAGUGAGAAAUCUAAUGUACUUCAAACAUGCCAUGUACAAUACUUGCGAAGUUCACAGUAUUUUUGGGCUUUUCAGUUAGCAGGGCUUGCAUUUUAAUUUUGAAUCUUCAAUUUUACA